GAAGCUGGCUCAGGUGGCGUCGCCCCGCCAAAGGAGCCGGCAUGAUGCUGGCCCCGCCCUCGCCCCUGGCCGCGAGCCGCCGGAGAAAGAAGCCCCGCCCCAGCCCCGCCGGAGGGAGCAGAGAGAGAAAUCAUCUCGUGACUGUGUAGGCAGUACAAGUACAAUGAAAACUGUAAAAUAUGAACACAGCUUGGAAAUGAAAGACUCUCUGGGAAAUCAGCAGACAAAGGAACCUACUGUUACAAUUGAUGAUGGUGUUGAUGAAGACGAUGAUAAACCACAUUCAUUAACUUGUAAGAUUAAGAAAAAGAUUUCUCCCUUUGUGAUGUCUUUUGGAUUCAGGCUUUUUGGCGUAGUGCUUAUUUUUGUGGACGUUGCACUUGUGGUUGUGUCCCUGUUGGUUGGUGAUAGAUACGAAUCUCUUGAACAAAUGAUUGGAAACAUUUCUCUGGCUAUAGCACUCUUCUUCCUCCUGGAUGUCAGCCUACGAGUAUUUGUUGAGGGUUUCAGAAAAUACUUCGAAUCCAACCUAAACAUUGUAGAUGCCAUCAUUAUUUUGGGCACACUGUCAGUCAAUAUUGUAUAUUCCUCCUCUGAUUUGAGUGGCUUAAGCCAAAUUCCAAGAACGGUUAUUCUAUUCCGAAUCCUGAGGAUUAUAAUCCUGGUAAGAGUAAUUCGACUGGCUCCUGAGAAGGAACGGCUUGAAAAAGUGACACGGAGGAUGGUCUCAGAAAACAAAAGGCGUUAUACAAAAGAUGGCUUUGAUCUGGACCUCACCUAUGUCACUGCCCGUAUUAUAGCAAUGUCAUUUCCAUCUUCUGGACAGCAAGCUUUCUAUAGGAAUCCUAUCAAGGAAGUUGCAAAGUUCUUGGAUACAAAACAUGAAGGCCACUACAAAGUCUACAACCUUUGUAGUGAACAGGGCUAUGACCCCAAGUAUUUCCAUUACAGGGUGGAAAGAAUGUUCAUUGAUGACCACAAUGUCCCUACUCUAGAGGACAUGCUUAAGUUUACUGCUAGUGUCCGGAAAUGGAUGGAACAGGACGAGAACAAUGUCAUAGCGAUACACUGCAAAGGAGGAAAGGGUCGGACAGGAACAAUGAUUUGCAUCUGGCUUAUUGACAGCGACCAGUUUAAUAGUGCCGAGGACAGUUUGAACUACUUUGGUGAGAGGAGAACGGAUACAAGCACUAGUUCCAAGUUCCAAGGCGUUGAAACUCCAUCCCAGAGUAGAUACGUUGGAUAUUAUGUCACUAUGAAAUUUGUGUACAACUUGAACCUCCCUCCUGUGAGACCACUGCACAUCAGAAGCAUAAAACUCUACGCUAUCCAUGAUGUUGGAAAAGGUAAUGGGACUGAUUUGAGAGUGAAGGUAAUCAUGGAAAAACGAGUGGUUUUUCUUUGCAUUGGUGCCAACCAAGAGAACUGCAAGCUGUUCUUUGAUGGUGAAAAUGACUGGGUGGUGAUUGCCUUCAAAAACUGUCCUGUUGUUAGCAAGGAUGUCAAAAUCAAAUUUGAAUCUUCUUCUGAUAUUCCAAAAGGUUACGAUGACUGUGUUUUCUUCUUCUGGUUCAACACCUCCUUCAUUGAAAACAACAGACUUUAUUUACCUAGAAAUGAAAUCGAUAACCUACACAAGCCAAAAAUGUGGAAGAUUUUCAGCGAGAAUUUUGCUGCAGAGGUGAACUUCACUGAACCGUAACCAGGAAUGAGCAACAAUCAUUUUAGACGGAGUUACUUGCUACUCACUUUUCUCCCAGAAUCAUGUCCCUUUACCUCUAUGUCUUCCAAGACUUUUCCUCCACAUAUGUAGUGAAAGCCACACUUCAGGCUAAACCAAAAGGUCGCCUGGUUUUCUCAGUAUAUAUGCUGCUGCUUUAUGGUGAUUAAAAUAAUUAAUUUUGCCAACUGG